AGAGAGAGAAGAGAGCCAGCCUUCCUCCACUCUCAAGCUCUGGAGGGGGUCUCUGCCCUCACCCUCAUCCCUCCCCAGAAUCCUUAAAUCCUCUAGACUGUAGCUCUGAUUUUACAGCUGUCACAGACUCGUCCUACUAGCCAGAGGUUGGCUCAGCCCAGGAGCAGAUGGGGCGGCUCCGGGUGCUGCUGCUGUGGCUAGCCUGGUGGCUGUCGCAGGCGGGCAUAGCUCACGGUGCGGGCUCUGUGCGCCUGGCAGGCGGCCUGACGCUGGGCGGCCUCUUCCCGGUGCACGCCCGGGGCACCGCAGGGCGUGCGUGCGGGACGCUGAAGAAGGAGCAGGGAGUGCACCGGCUGGAGGCGAUGCUCUACGCGCUGGACCGCAUCAACGCUGACCCGGAGCUCCUGCCCGGUGUGCGGCUGGGCGCGCGGCUGCUCGACACCUGCUCGCGGGACACCUACGCUCUGGAGCAGGCGCUGAGCUUCGUGCAGGCGCUCAUCCGAGGCCGCGGAGACGGCGAAGAGGCCAGCGUGCGCUGCCCUGGGGGCGUCCCCCCGCUGCGCGCCGCGCCUCCUGAGCGCGUAGUGGCGGUGGUGGGCGCCUCAGCUAGCUCCGUGUCCAUCAUGGUCGCCAAUGUCUUGCGCCUGUUUGCGAUACCCCAGAUCAGCUAUGCCUCCACAGCCCCAGAGCUCAGUGACUCCACACGCUAUGACUUCUUCUCCCGAGUGGUGCCUCCUGACUCCUACCAAGCACAGGCCAUGGUGGACAUUGUGCGGGCACUGGGAUGGAAUUACGUGUCUACACUGGCCUCUGAGGGCAACUAUGGCGAGAGCGGGGUUGAGGCCUUUGUGCAGAUCUCCCGUGAGGCUGGAGGUGUCUGUAUUGCCCAAUCAAUAAAGAUUCCCAGGGAGCCAAAGCCAGGAGAAUUCCACAAAGUGAUCCGGAGGCUCAUGGAGACACCCAACGCCCGGGGCAUCAUCAUCUUUGCCAAUGAAGAUGACAUCAGGAGGGUCUUGGAGGCAACACGCCAGGCAAACCUGACUGGCCACUUCCUGUGGGUUGGCUCAGACAGCUGGGGAUCCAAGAUCUCUCCCAUCUUGAACCUAGAGGAAGAGGCUGUGGGGGCCAUCACCAUCUUGCCCAAAAGGGCUUCGAUCGACGGAUUUGACCAAUACUUUAUGACUCGUUCCCUGGAGAACAACCGCAGAAACAUCUGGUUUGCCGAGUUCUGGGAAGAGAAUUUUAACUGCAAACUAACCAGCUCGGGUGGCCAGUCAGAUGAUUCCACCCGGAAAUGCACAGGCGAGGAACGCAUCGGCCAGGACUCCACCUAUGAACAGGAGGGGAAGGUGCAGUUCGUGAUAGAUGCUGUGUAUGCCAUCGCUCACGCUCUGCACAGCAUGCACCAAGCACUCUGCCCAGGUCACACAGGUCUGUGCCCAGCCAUGGAGCCUACUGAUGGCCGGACCCUGCUGCACUACAUCCGAGCAGUCCGCUUCAAUGGUAGCGCAGGAACCCCAGUGAUGUUCAAUGAGAAUGGAGAUGCCCCCGGGCGCUAUGACAUCUUCCAGUACCAGGCAACCAAUGGAAGUGCCAGCAGUGGAGGGUACCAGGCUGUGGGCCAAUGGGCAGAGGCCCUUAGACUGGAUAUGGAAGCUCUACAGUGGUCAGGCGACCCCAAUGAGGUGCCCCCUUCUCAAUGCAGCCUCCCCUGUGGGCCUGGUGAACGGAAAAAGAUGGUGAAGGGUGUGCCCUGCUGUUGGCACUGUGAGGCCUGCGACGGGUACCGCUUCCAGGUGGAUGAGUUCACAUGUGAGGCCUGUCCAGGGCACAUGAGGCCGACACCCAACCACACUGGCUGCCGUCCCACUCCCGUGGUGCGCCUGACCUGGUCCUCUCCGUGGGCCGCUUUGCCCCUUCUCCUGGCUGUCCUGGGCAUUAUGGCCACAACAACUAUCAUCGCCACCUUCAUGCGACACAACGACACUCCCAUAGUCCGCGCUUCUGGCCGUGAGCUUAGCUAUGUGCUGCUCACCGGCAUCUUCCUGAUCUACGCCAUCACCUUCCUCAUGGUAGCCGAGCCUUGUGCAGCCGUCUGUGCUUCCCGAAGACUCUUGCUCGGCUUGGGCACCACGCUCAGCUACUCCGCCCUGCUCACCAAGACCAACCGCAUCUACCGCAUCUUCGAGCAAGGGAAGCGCUCUGUCACGCCGCCACCCUUCAUCAGCCCCACCUCGCAGCUAGUCAUCACCUUCGGCCUUACUUCCCUGCAGGUAGUGGGAGUGAUAGCGUGGUUGGGGGCCCAACCUCCACACAGCGUGAUUGACUAUGAGGAACAGAGGACGGUGGACCCUGAGCAAGCCAGAGGUGUGCUCAAGUGUGACAUGUCUGAUCUGUCCCUCAUUGGCUGCCUGGGGUACAGUCUCCUGCUCAUGGUCACAUGUACGGUGUAUGCCAUCAAGGCCCGAGGUGUGCCAGAGACCUUCAAUGAAGCCAAGCCCAUCGGAUUCACCAUGUACACCACCUGCAUUAUCUGGCUGGCUUUCGUCCCCAUCUUCUUUGGCACCGCCCAGUCAGCUGAGAAGAUCUACAUCCAAACGACCACACUGACUGUGUCCCUGAGCCUGAGCGCGUCAGUGUCCCUCGGCAUGCUCUAUGUGCCCAAAACCUACGUCAUCCUGUUCCAUCCAGAGCAGAACGUGCAGAAGCGGAAGCGCAGCCUUAAGAAGACCUCCACGAUGGCAGCCCCGCCCAAAAGCGAGAACUCAGAGGACGCCAAGUAGCAAGGUUGAGUGUGGGUGCCACAGGUUGCUCCCUGCCCUUCCUUUGCUGUUUGUGGCUUCAAAGAGGAAGCUGUGAAAGAUCCUCAGAGACCAUCGGAGGCCAGGACUGUGUAAAGAUCAUGCCCAGCAUGGAUGGCCGUGCCUCCAGAAAGAGCUAAACCAUGAUCUGCGCUGGACUUGUGCUUUCCUGGGCAUGCCAGCCUCAUCAGCCCUUCCUUCUUACCCACAGUAGGAAAUACUCGCUUCCAGCAUUCUUCCUGAAGACAGAGACUAAAUUGACACCAUCUGGGCGGGCAUUCAAACCCGUGGUAAAGUCAGGGCUUGCCCAAGUUUGGUAAGAUUUAUCUUGAUCCAACACCGUAACCUAGGGGCUGGCCAGGAUGUCCGCCAGAAUGUGAAAACCCCAACAAGAAAUCCAGGAUUAGAGCUGAGGAGGUUCAGUUGCCACAAUAGGAAACUUGGGGAAAUAUCGUUUCCCUGAUCAGAGCCUGUAGGAGGGCGUUGGGAACCGGGUUUGAGCCUGCAGCACAGAGAGGAACGAUACAGGGAACUGGGGCAGGCUCCUGUGAUGUCGCUUCCCUUUUGCUCUUUUCCCCAGAGUCAUCCAAAAGGUUUGGCAGUUUUUCUUUGCUGUGUAUGUUUUUCUAGAUUGUUCCAAGCUGAAGAAAUGGCAACACAAUAGUGUGGGUAAGAUAUGAUAAAGUAUAGCUGGGCUUUGGUCAGGGUGUCCGUGAAUUGUCUUGUUUCUGCGCUUCUUUAUCAUCAUCAUCAUCAUCUAGAGUGAGGGUCCCCCUAUGUAACUCUGGCUGUCCUGGAAUUCACUAUGUAGACCAGGCUGACCAUGAACUCACAGAGAUCUACUGGCUUCUGCUUCCCAACUGUUUGGAUCAAAGGUGUGUGUCACUAUGCCCAGCUUAAUUUUUAAUGAUUAGAAUGAGAAUAAAAGCUUGCUGGCAUAUAUUCUUGGAGCACCAACAUGAAAGGUGGGUGUGAAGCACAUGGAGGAAGUUAUUGGAAGACCAUGUAUGGACUUAAUUUAUUUCACUGUUUUUGUUUUUGUUUUUGUUUUAAACAGAUUUUUUAAAAUUUAGGGAACUUUCCUUUCCUUGUUUUUGUUUUAAUGCAUUGAGUUAAGUGCUUGAAUUUAUUAUGAGUUCUCCAGGAUUUAAGGUACAGAACUAGUUUUUGAAAGGGAGCUGCACUUCAAUGGACAGAUGCUCCAAGCUAUAAUGAGUUGUGACCUUGAGACAUAAUACUUUAUUUAGCAUUUUAAAGACAACAGGCUUCUCUUUAGAAUGUGCUUUAGCUCGUCCUCCCUUGGUGUGUUCCCAGUUUCCCAUGGUGCAGAGCACCCGUCUACAUUUACUGCUGAGUGCGAUCCAAUGCUCUGGACUGAGGCUUCUGUCCUGUUUGAGUCCUCAAAAGUAUGAAAUGUGUUGUCUUGGCAAAGCCUUGUCUAUAGGACUGUUUUCAUGGUGUUUUUCUCCUCUGUGACCUCUUCUAGAGUCAGUUAGCCAAGGUCUGAAUAAAGGUUUUCUUGCACUUAC